AUGUCUAUGCAACGUCUGUGUGCAAAGAAAAAUUCGAGAUUUCCCACUUGGAGAGAGCAUUUUCCGGAUUUUUCAACUAGAGAUGUACAUAGAAAUUACGUGGAUUGCGUACAAUGGUUUGGAAAUUUUUUAUUAUCAAAAUCAUGUGAGAACGAAAUAGUUUGCUGGAAGCGAGGAGAUCUAGACGAUACCGUUUUAAAACCAAAUGACACAACUGCAACAGUAUUGCAUCGUUUUCCUAUAAAGGACUGUGAUAUAUGGUUCAUUCGUUUUGAAUUCAAUUUCUCACAUAAAAUGAUGGCUUUGGGGAAUCAGCAAGGAGUAACUUAUGUUUGGGAAAUGGGUGUAGAAGAUCCACAGUCGACAAAAUGUCACAUGUUAGCACAUGCCAGAUGCAACACAGCAAUAAGACAAACAACAUUUUCCAGAAAUGGUAAUGUACUGAUCUGCGUUUGCGAUGACGGCACCAUUUGGCGUUGGGAUCGCAGAAAUGAUUAAUUUUUCACUAAUUUAGAAUUAAGUGCACAAUUGGAUGGAUUUACUGUUUAAUUUUGACUGUGAAGCAGCGCUCACUACUUUUUUAUAUAUACUAUUACUUAAGAUUUUCUUCAUUUAAGUUUUUAAUUUACUUUUUCAAUUUUAUUAUUCAC